CCUCUCAAGAUCAAGCUGGUGACAUGAAACAUGACAGCAUUUCCUCCCCUGGGAUCUCCGAUCAGGAGAAGGAGACAGCAUCCAAUGCUUUUGAGGCUUUUAAGGCUGGAAGCUAUGACGAGUCCCUGAAACACCUUGACAGCCUUCAGGAGCUUAACAAAGAGGACUACAAGAUUACAAUUAAUAAAGCGAUCACUGAGUUUUAUAAAAGUGGGCAGACAACAACCAGCACCCUGAAGCAGACGUUAAUGACCUUGAAGAAUCAGAUGCACACAGCUGUGGAUGAUAUUGACGGUUUGGAUGAUGUUGAGAACAGUAUCCUCUAUUACAAUCAAGCGGUGAUUCAUUACCACAUGCGACAGUAUUCAGAAGCUAUAUCCAUCGGGGAGAAGCUCUACCAGUUUCUUGAACCUUUUG